AUGGAGGCCUCGACCACAGUAUCAGGGUCCUCUGGUCUGGGCUCUGCAGCCUCGACGUUCCUGGACUCUGAGUUCCGUUACAUCUUCUUCCCGGUCGUCUACGGGAUCAUCUUCGUCCUGGGCCUCAUCGCUAACCUCUACGUGCUGUUCGUGCUGAGCCGCCUCCGCGGCGCCAAGGCCAUGGGAGAAAUCCGCAUCUACAUGACCAACCUGACCAUCGCCGACCUCCUCUUCGUCUGCGCCCUCCCCUUCUGGAUCGGCUACUACAGUCGCCACGGUAACUGGAUCUACUCUGACUUCAUGUGUCGCCUGACCGGCUCGUUGUUCUUCAUCAACACCUACUGCUCCAUCCUCUUCCUCGGGGCCAUCAGCGUGAACAGAUACUGGGCGGUCACCAGGCCUCUGGACGCCGCCUCCUCGGACCACCGGCGGCGUGGGAUCGGCGUGUGCGUCGUCAUCUGGGCGUUGACCACGGCGAUGGCUAUUCCAUCUCUGGCGUCUCCGGGGACCAACGUGGAUGAGAACAACGUGACUCGCUGUUUCGAAGGAUACCAGGAUCAAACGGAUUCUCAGAAGAAAACAGUGGCUGCCACUCAUUUUGCAAUAAUUGGGAUGUUUUUUGUCGUCUUUUUUCUGGUCGUGGUGUGUAACUCCCUCAUUGCUCGAGCUUUACUUUCUCAAAAUACUCCUCAGCAGCAGGUCAGGUCUGCAACGAUCAUAUCCAGGAAGUCCACCAGGACCAUGUCCUCCUCGUUCCAAAGGCCCAGAGGGGUGAAACGGAGAGCUCUGCAGAUGCUGCUAGCAGUAGUGGGAGUGUUUGUCUUGUGUUUCCUGCCACAUCACGUCAUUCAAGGUUUCUGGACUCUGGCGGUGUUGCAGAUCCAGCAGGGCUGGGGACACGUAGAGUGGAGCCAGAACACUCUGCAGCUGCUAAACGACGCGCAUCAGGUCACUUUGUUCCUCAUGGGCCUCAACUGCAUCCUGGAUCCUGUUGUUUAUUGUUUCGCCACAAGGAAAUUCAGAGUGUUCAUCAUGUCUCACUUUAAGAAGGUAAUAAAGGGAGAGGGGUGCUCUCAGACGGGGACCACACAUCUCUCCUUGGACAGCAAAGAACAAUCCAUCGAUUUCAGACACCAACUGCCCGAUAAGGAUUAAUUCAAACUAUAUUAUGUAAUUAUGCAAUAUGUUGUACAAAAAUGUAGAUAUCUCUUUUUGAGUGUGAAAGACUUUUAUUUUGUUAAUGAUUCAAGAUUACAUUGUAAAUAAAGUUGUAGAAAUAACAGUAAAACACAGUCAAAUUGCAUCAGAAUUAGGGCGUAGAAUUAAAAAUGCAUAUCACCGUAGUAGAUAUUUUUAAUAACCGUAAAUCAAAAUCAGCCAAAACUUUUACUGUCAUGAACUGUAGAAAAUACACAGUUUUGCUGUAAAACUAUAAAAUUUUCAUGUAAAAUGAAUGGAGAAAUACCAUGAUGUCACAAUGACACAAUUAGCCUUAAAAUAGCGGGAUGAAUCAGUCUAAAUUACAGUUUUUGCUGAUAUUUACAUUUAAAUUGAGAGUAGAAAGCCCACUCACUGUAUUUUUUACAGUGAUGUUCUGGCAACUACAGAUGCUGGUAUUUUACUGUACAUUAUACUUUUUAUUUUUAAUUUUUUACAGUGUACAUAAUAUAGGUUAUAGCACCUCUGGAGCUAUAAUAAUUAUGAUAAUAAUAACUUAAAUGUAUAACGCUCCUGAGCAGUGUUUAUGUAAUUCAGUGUGUGACUGCAGACCCACAGGAUAUCACACGGACCCACACCCAUGUCAUUUUUUAGAUAUCAUCUCUAUGAACUGUAGAAGCUGGUGGCUUUAUUGCGCCAGUCUCCCUGCUCUUCCUGUGUGAAGUACAAGCUGAAAAGCAGAAGUUUUGCAAGCAGAAGUACAGAUUCAAUCAAUGACGGCACCGAAAAAAAGUCAGCAGGAGGACACUUUACCACUUUAGUUUGUGAAAUGAACUGAUGAAACACAUGCAUUAUUUAAAUCUACCCACAGGUUUUGUUUCUUCACAAAGUGGGGCACUGAAAAUAGAAGAGAAGUCAAAGAUGAUACACAUAUAUACAGAAUCUUUUUUGGGGUGUAAAGAGUGGAGCUUCUCACUAGAUUAGACACACACACAUUCACUCAGCAAGGCGCCAUGCAUGACAUUAUACCAGUGAAAUAUGUAAAGAGAUUCUUGUUUCCCGACAGAUCCGUUACAGUUUUUUCAGCUUUGCCUGGACAAGUUAAAACUGGUAUUAUGAAACCAGGGAACAGAAGUAAUACGGUCACGUUUCCCCUCUGGCAUCCAAUAUUGUGACAUUGCUCAUGUCAUGUGUUGAAAAUCCCAUGAUUCACUGUGACAAAUAAAUCAAAUGAUUAUUUUAUUACCUGUCUACUAUAUAUGUAAUAUACUUUGUUUUUUUAUAUUGUAUACUGUUGCAAAACAGA